CUAUUCGAUCUAACUGUUCACUGCUAUUUGAGAGGGUUGGGCUCGCAGACGUAUAGCUGGGCCACGGAUCUGUUUUAUUUCAAUGAUGCAUUUAUAGCCUAUGGCUAUUCGGUGUUGUCAUCCUCGGUUGAAAAAUUGAGUCAGAGAAAGUUUACAUUUUUUUUUAAUGAUAAUCUCAAGGUAGUGUUGUCACUGCCAAGGCCUGCAGGAGAGGAAGCUGGAAGUCACAUUCUUUUCCUCAAAUCCAUUUCAUUCUGCAAAGAAACUUGUGUCUGUCAUUUAAUUUAAGAAGAUGGAAUAGUUAUAAUGCUGAAACCUAACGUGAUAAUUUAGAAGACUACAAUAAAAAAAUCCAUGUAUUGCAGGAUUACUCAAUUGGGAGAGAGCAAAGAUAAAUCAUAUGUCAUGUUGUAUAUGAUGAUGAGAGUCAACUUAAAGACAUUACUACUAGUCCUUGUUGCUGCUGUAUGUAGCUCUCUAUUCACAUUGUGGUAUUAUUGUGGACUUAAGACUUCAGAAUGGAAAACAACCCUGCAGUACAAAAGCAAUUUGGUUGAUCGGGCUAGUAAUGAACUCCCAGGCAACGAAGAGAUUGACUGUUACAUAAAUGGAGGAUAUUCAAUCGGUUGUCGGAAAGAGGGUGAUGAAGUUUAUCUGCCAUUUUCAUUCAUCCACAAGUAUUUUGAGGUUUAUGGAAAAUUAGCAACCUAUGAUGGGCUGCAGAGGUUUGAGUGGUCACAUAGUUAUUCUAAAGUUAUAAGCCCUAAGGGAAAAUAUGAUCCACGAGGGGUGUUCAUGUACUUUGAGAAUUACAACGUUGAAGUGAGAGAAAGAGUAAAAUGUGUGAGUGGUAGCGACGGAGUGCCAAUUUCUACUCAAUGGGAAAGCCAGGGCUACUAUUAUCCAACACAAAUUGCACAGUUUGGACUUUCUCACUAUAGUAAGAAUCUCACAGAACCAGAACCACAUAAAAAAACUAUUGAAGAUUCUGAUAAAACUAAACAAGUCUGGACUGUACCCCAGGGCUCUGUAGUAUUGAGACAGUAUGAUAAACGAGUGAAUAGUUACGUGAUGAAAUACGCUACACCGGAAACAAGUAGCUCCGGUAUAUCGUUGAAGUUUGAUCACAUACUUGACUUGGUCCUAAAGUUAGAUUUAUGUAUCAAGGAUAAUGGCAGCUUCACAGUUGUGUUGCAAUCUAGAGAAAAAAAGGAUACUUAUUAUCUACAUUAUACAACAAGAAAUUUAGUAAUGCAAACACAUGACAAUCAUAUUUAUUAUGGUAUUGGUUUAUCCAAUAAUCGUUGGAGGCAUCUUACCAGAGAUUUGGUGGUCGACUUACAAAAAGGACUCAACUUGAGUGACAAAACUAAGAAGAAGUUAUCACGUUCCAAGUUAAAGGCGAUAAAAAUGAUACUGUAUGGCUCGGGUAUGAUCGACAAUGUAACAUUGUCAACAAGUGAACAUAUGGAACAAUUUUAUGAUGCUGCACGAUGGCUGGUUGCAAAUCAAAACAUAACUUCCGGAGGCUGGCCAAAUCCCGUUAGACGAAAAGUUGCCACUGGAAUGGCUACGUUGGAACCAGGAUGGUAUUCUAGCAUGGGACAAGGACAUGCGAUUUCAGUAUUAUCCAGAGCUUAUUACCACUCAGGAGAUGAGCGAUAUUUGCAAGCAGCUAUUCGAGGAUUACGUCCCUUCAGAUUAUUGUCAUCAAAAGGUGGAGUAGCUGCUACGUUUCUUGGUAAAUACGUUUGGUACGAAGAAUAUCCGACUACGCCUUCUUCUUUUGUAUUGAACGGUUUUAUAUUUUCGUUACUUGGGUUAUAUGAUUUGAAAAGUAUAGCAUCAGGCAGAGAUGCUGAUGAAGCUGCGAGUUUGUUUGACCAGGGUAUAACUUCUCUAAAGAGCAUGCUAACCCUAUAUGAUAUGGGCUCAGGAACAACAUACGAUCUACGUCAUUUCACGCUUAAAAUAGCACCCAAUCUAGCUAGGUGGGAUUACCAUGCUACGCAUGUCAACCAGCUUCUCUUACUGAGUACGAUAGACAACGAUCCAAUUUUUACUACCACCGCAGAGCGGUGGAUAGGCUAUAUGAAUGGAAAAAAAGCUGCACAUAAUUAAUUUAACUGAUAUCAUACUUUUUCAUUUUAUUAGGAGUACUGCUUGUCUGUAAUGACCGGCCUACGCGUUGUUGGCGCAAGUACUGACCGCUCAAAAAAAAAAAUCGUUCUAAUGAGUUUCAAUAGGAAUUUUUGAUGCUUUGACGUACAUAUUUGAGUUAGCUUAUUUAUAUACCUAGAUAGUUAAAAUAUUGAAAUAGUCGAUACAGUGUCUCUGUAUCAAACUGAGUGAGAUGCUGAGGAUUCGUUAUAUCUAACAACUGCAAAUUUAUGAUUGCAAGGCUUAAUUUCUUGUAGAAAAGAUUUGGCUAAUUCGAGAAAUAUUCUGUUGUAAAAUACGUGCUUGCCUUUUAAGAUACUUGUACAUUAGGUUCAUAUCUUGAUCGUAUUAUUGUUCGCCUUAUAGUCUGUGUAUCUACCUGAUCGUAUUAUCGUCGUUAAAUCUCAUUACGUGAUCCGGGCAAACAGAGAUGUACUUGAAAAAAAUUCUAUUAAUUCUGUUGCGAUUUGCAGAUGCAAUUGUUGAAAUAAAAACUGUUGCUCUUACACAUCGUAGAUUGUAUUUAGAUCAAACUUGGCGGAAUUCUACUUUCUUUGAUUAAAAAACAAGUCCUCUGCCACAAGACAAUUCCGUUCUUAGUAUUCAAUGAUAAAUAGUAGAUACAUGAUUUUUGUUGGUGGAAAAGCGGCGGCUGUGACCUAAUAUUUAUUAUUUUCAUCAGCAUUCUAGUAUUGAUAUUACUCAUUUUGGGAUUAUGUAGGAUCUAUGUCUGAGCUUACUCUGAAACUUAUGAGCAUUUAAUCGAGGUAACUUUUCAUUUAACAUAAAUGCUUAUUCACAAAGUCACUCUUGAAAUUAAGUGAUUGGCUUCAAUAAAUGCCUGUUUUUUGGAUCGUGAUACCGGCCGAUCACAAAAAAACAGACAGUUUGACAGAAAUUGAUUCAAGUUACUUGCCAUUCAUUAGUUAUAAUUUGUUAUUAAUUUUCUUUAACAUUUUAUAUUUCUGUGGCGUGAAAAUAUAGGCAGAGAUAUCAAAAGAACUUUUGUACAAAAUAGGUAUGUCCGAACUAUGAGCUUUAUAAAUAUGAAAAAUUUGACGUAACGAUCUUCGCUAUUGUAUUUGUUAUGGAGUAAUUGAUCAGAUCUCUCUUUACAUGAAUAUAGGAUGAGUAUUUUAUACAUAAAAAAAAUUUCAAUCUUGCAAAAAUUCAUAUAUUUCAUCUGAAGUAUGCCUUAAAGAUUUUGAUAAUAUUUCUAUGAUUCAUUUCAAGGUUUGACUCUAAAGAAUUUUAUACUAUUUACAUACUCUUAUAUUUGUUUCACAUGUGGUUUUUUAACGGAUAAAAUACUCAAUACUCGUUUGAUAUUCGGACCAGUCUCUUUGAACGUUACCUGAUCUUUUUUGACUCACAGUAUUAUGCUUAUAAAUUAAUUUGAAUUUGCUACGUUCAACACUAGAAUAAAUGAUAAGAUAGAGAAAAAUUUACUGAAAAUCUAGAUUUGAUAUCGUCAUGAAUCAAUUGUCCCAUGGGACAUGGCGUGAAAUACUUAGGUGUCAUCUAAAGACUGUAAGGAUCUUACUUCUUAAAUCAGGUACUCGUACCUUUAAAAUUCAUUCAAGCCAUCAGUCUUCAGAUGCUUUAUGGCUCUUCUCUCGAGUUAAUAUUAUAGGUAACAGUAGACAUAACAUAUUUAUGGCAACCAUAUUUGUAUUCUGUAGACAAGCUUUCAGAUAUAAAGUAGUCGGAUUAUUCAAACCAUCCUAUGUAGGAAAAAAAAAACUGGAAGUGGUGUAUCGACACUUAGAAAUAGCUUACAAAAA